AUAUCAUCAGACAAAUGUCAAAUGGCGAAAAACGUAAAUAUGUGUAUUAUUAUUUUAGAAAAUCGUGUUUCUUGAAUUAAUUUGCUGAAAAUGGAUACUAAAAUGGAGCAGGACGAUCAAUUCAUAAACUCCGACGUGUUUAACGUCCAUGACAUCGCUGAAAUAGAAGACUUUCUCAGUGGUUGUGAUGGAGAUUUUAUGAAGACGCUUGAAGAUGAACUGGCUCGAGUGGAUAAUGAUCCUUUAUUACUCAGUGUUGACACUAAAGUUAAGACGGAAGUUGCGGUGCAACCGCAAGUUUCCCCUAGCUAUAACCCUACUGGAAACCCUAUGGUGUCUCAGUACACUCACAGAGCGAAGGCACAGUCAUUAGCAACUCCAAAAGCGAAAAGCAGUCCGGUGCAAGGGGUUUAUGCCAGAGAAGAGAGUUACAAUUUGUCUAUUCAUGAUGGUCCACCAUUGCCUGAUGUUACGCAGCACGGACACAGUAGGCCACCAGCACCAAGUCCCAUGAUUGUACAGCAGGUGGUUCAGAGCCCUCUCUAUGUGAAUUUGGCUCCAAAUGUCCAACCCCUGCCUGAAACUAGACCAUCAGUGAUGCAAAUAGAUGGGGCUACACAAAUCAACCAUGUAAACAAGGCAAAGCCGCCUAACCAGCCUUUGUUAAUCCAAAACAAUACCAAAGGAGUAACACCUCUUAUUUUAAAAACUUCUGAUGCAAGUUUUUCUCCAGUUGUGUUACAGUCUAAUAUAUUCAACCCAGAAACGCAAACUUUCAUGUAUACCAGUGCUCCUGUGCAAAGAGCGACUCCUAUCAUCACAAACACGAAAUCGAAUAUAGAGAGCAAGCCUAUCCAUACAUUUUUCACCAGCAACAAUGGACCGACUCUCCUAACAGGGAUCCCAGUUGUCUUAGAGGGAGAAAAGAUAACUCUAAGCCAUGCCCCCAAUAUGGGAGUACCAAAAGUAAAGGAAGUCAAAAGAAGUGCGCACAAUGCUAUCGAGAGACGUUAUAGAACAAGUAUAAAUGAUAGAAUUGUAGAAUUAAAGAAUAUGCUAGUUGGAGAGGAAGCUAAAUUGAACAAAUCAGCUAUAUUAAGAAAGACGAUAGAAUAUAUCAAGUACCUGCAGAAUCAGAAUACUCGUCUCAAGCAAGAGAAUGUGGCCUUGAAACUGGCAUUCCAGAAGUCUGGAGUGAAAGAACCACAGUUUGAUGUGACCUACACACCUCCACGAAGUGAUAUCUCUUCACCAUCAAGCUCUCAACAUGGAUUUGAUAGUGAUUCUCCAUCAUCACCUGAAUACAAGGUGGAAGACAAAUAUUCAAAUUCGAAAAUCGUUAUGGGAAUGGGCGAUCACUCCCGACUGGCGUUAUGCGCCUUCAUGGUUGGUUUGAUAGCAUUCAACCCCUUCAGUGCGUUCUUUGGAAACUUUAUGCUCGAAUCUUCUGUAACAGACUUCUCAGCGAGAGUGGAUCAAAGAAAAAUAUUGGCAGAUACUGAUGAUUUUGGUCCUACUGGCACAUCAUGGGGAACAUGGCUGUUUAGUAUGUUCUUCAUAUAUCUAAUAAAUUUCUUUAUACUGGGAGGCUGUCUGAUAAAAUUACUUGUUUAUGGAGAUUCUGUACCCAAGUCACAAUCUAAAGAAGCUGGACUUUUUUACAAACACAAACGGCAAGCUGAAAAUUAUUUGAAAAAGGAUGACUUAGAUAACGCAAGGUUAGAGUUACAUCGGAGUCUAGCAGUCUGCGGGAAGAGUGUGCAGGCAGGAGGUCAAGGUCACGCGAAGUAUUCCGCUGUGGCCGCCGCUGUGCUCCGGCAGAUGCUGCAGAGACUACCCUUCGGAUCCUUCCUUGCUCGGCGCGCUGGCGAUUUGUGGAGCGAUAGUCCUGCAAGAAGGGCAACGCAACACUGGGCUGCAGAAGUAUCGGCUGUGUCUCAUCGCCUCGCUCAACUGGAGAUAUUAUCAAGUCACAGUGGACGCAGUGAACGGAUUCUAUUAGCCCUCCAAGCGGUGAACUUAGCCGAGGUGACGGGCAACAGACAUCUACUGGCUGACACCUAUGUUACUGCAGCUUUAGUGUUCAAGGAUAAUAUGCCGAAGAUCGGGAACUGGUUAUGUGGCUACUACCUGCGGCUGUGCGUGUGGUGGUGCGCGGACGGGCUGUCGGAGUGGGGCGUGCGGCUGCGCUGGGUGGGCAGCGCGCGCGGCGCCCGCUUCCUGCGCGCGCGCCGCUGGAGCUACGAGCGCUGCCCGCCGCCCGCCGCGCUCUUCUGCCGCCUGCCCGACCCCGCCGACCCGCUCGCCUACGCUAUGAGGGCAUAUCAUCUGGAGCUUCUACAAAAGAGUCUGCAGAUGCUGUUGUGUGCUGACGAGCGAAGCAACACGCGCGACGUGCUCGAACUUAUCAAACUGAUCACUGAUGAUGUCUCGACUGACGCUCCACACCAUACAGGCUGCUGGGAUCCCGUAAUGGAAUGGUGGGCAAACAUAGUGGGCGUGGCUGCAACUUGGUUGUUGGCCGACACUGGGAAAGCUGUUGAAAUUGGUGACCGUCUGAACAUGCUACCUGAACCACUAGCCAAUUGUGAAGACCCCUUGCCUGGGGCAUUGCAUAUGGCGUACAAAAGCAGGCGCGGGCUAUUGAGCCUCGCUCAGUGUCGAGAUGAACGUUCGUUCGAGAGGACUGCGGAGACCAUUCUCAAGGUUUGUGACAUCGCUGGAACCAGGUUAGCUGAUUCUUUGGCGUACUAUUGCUGCCGAAAACCAACACAGCUUAUGCUGUUGAUGCAAGUCCUGUGCUGCGACUGGGUGCUGGAGGUCCGCGCGGGCGUGUGGGAGGCGAGCGCGGACCGCGCGGGCGCGGCGGGGCCCGACGCCUACUGCGGGCCCGCGCCGCACGCGCAGCUCAGGGCCUUCCAAAGGGACUUGCAUUCCUUGAGGAGGAUAUCACAGAACUUACCGUGGGUGACAUCCCGCGUGUUCCUGCAGUCGGCGGUGUGUCGCAUGAUGGCGGGCGCGGCCCCGCGUCGCACGCAGCAGCUGCUGGACGGCAGUCUGCGGCCCCGGUUCAACCGCUCCUCCAUCAUCUGCGGGAAAGAACGCGCACUAGAGGGCGGUGGCGGCGAUGGCGAGCGCGCAGUAGCUCUCUACAUGGCCUGCAAGCACCUCCCCGCCGCAGUACUGGCCGCGCCGGGCGAGCGGGCGGGAAUGCUGGCGCAGGCCGCCGCCACGCUGCAGAAGAUAGGCCAUCGCAGUCGCCUGCCGCACUGCUACCAUCUCAUGAAGUCCAUAGGAACCAUGCCCACAGCACCUUAGACGUAAUUUAGGCUAACUUUUAUAAAUAUGUAUCCAUUAUCCAUUAUUAUACUGAAUCAAAUUCAUUCGCAAUGUAAUAAAUUGUUUUAUAUGAGG